AUGCCACUUCCGACCACCACCACCCAAACCACGACCAUCGACGCCCGUCUCCAGACCAGCCUGCACGCCGCACUCGCCCACUACCGCCACGCCAUCCGCGCCAGCCUGGCCCUCAACCUCAGUCUGCUCCCCCAGCCCGCCGCGCCCGCCACGCCGGCCACACCAACGACGAUCCCGCUGUUCUACCGGCCCCUGCAGGCGGAAGACGAUGGCUUCAUCGGGCUCGGCGUCGCAAGAGCGGCCUCUUGA